AUGAAGGUGUUCAAGGGCAAGAUUUGGGCAGCAAUAGGCUCACUCAUGGACCACGCCGGCACCGCGUCCACCACCAAGUCCUCCUCGCCGGCGGCCGCCGUCCCCGACCGAGCGCUCCUUGCUGACAUCGAGGCGGCCAUCGAGCGGUGCACCGGCAGCAGCAGCGGCGGAGGGGCCAACGACGACCGGCACGUCCACGAGAUCCUCUUCCUCGUCUCCAACGCGCCGAGUGCCAUCACCUUCCUCUCCCGCCGCAUCACUGCGCGCCUCGAGGCCGCGCGCGCCCCGGCCGCCGCGCUCCGGUCCCUGCUCCUCGUCCACCGCCUCCUCCGCGCCGGCGACCGGUACUUCGAGCAGGACUUCCGCGGCCUCUGGGCCUCCCGCGAGCUCCGCGUCGACGCGCCACGGUGCAGCUGCUCGCCCCUCGCUGCCGCUGGCGGCGUAGUCCACUACGCCGGCGCCGGCGCGGCGGCGGUCGCCAGCGGAGCGUGCGCCUUCGUCCACGGCUACUCGGCCUACCUGGAGGAGCGCAUGCAGUGGGUGAUCAACCAGGCCGGCAACCUGGAGCCCGCGCGGAAGCCGCCGCCACCUGACCACGACGCCGCCAUGCUCCCGCCCCCGCCCUCCUCCUCUGCAUCCUCCUCCACCUCCUCCCACGACGCCAGCGCCGAGACGCUCCUCUUCAAGCUCGCCAUGUGCCAGAGGCUGCUCGACCUCGCCAUCCAGCUCCUGCCGGACAACAACACGAGCGCCAGCGCCGCCGCGCGGUCGGCCUUCGGCAUUGUGCUCCGUGAGAGCUUCAAGGUCUACGACGCCUUCGCGGAAGGCGUCGACGUCAUGCUGCUGCUGCUGUCGAGGAGCCUCGCCGGGCUAAGCAAGCCUUCGAGGGUCACCGCUCACGAGAUACUGAAGAAGGCGUGCGCGCAGACGCCGGAGCUCAAGGAGUUCUACCACAAGUGCAAGAGGAGCAACGCGAGCAGCAAGAGCCUCGAGUACCCUCUCGUCAGGGUCGUCACGCCAGCGCAUGCCUUUGCCAUGGAGAUGGAGCCGGUGACGAUGAUCCCGAUCCCGGAAGAAGAUGGCUGCCUGCAGGAAGAGAAGGUCGAGGCCAAAGCUGGAGCAGAGGCGAUCGACGGUGGUCGUGGUUCUUCGUUUGCGCACAAGAUGGAGACGACGAUCAGCACGGUGUGGGUCGAGUUCGACGACGAGGACCAGAAGCUGAUCACUGCUGAUGAUGACCACUCCUUGAAAGCCGUGCAGCCAAGCUAG